UUUUCCCUCUCCAUUUCGACGGCGUUUACUAGUCUCUCUCUUCAACCAUUUCGACUCUUCGGUCAGCGGCUCCCAAUCUCUUCUUCCCCCAAAGCUCAAACCAGCUCCUUUUUAAGCAUUUUCUCUCAAAAUUUUAUCGGUAAAGUUACAGAAAAAGUAUAGAACUACCUUUGUUUUUGUUCGGUCCAAAGAUUAAGAAGAGAGAUAGAUAACGCACAGCAGAACUUUCUCGCACUUUUUGUGCUCUUCUUACCAAAAGGAAACCCUGGCGGUGAAUCUUCGAUGGGUUUAGCUCUCUAUGCAUCAUCUACCACGAUUUCUCAGUCGUAGCAAGCAAAGCAAAGGCAUGGAUCGGGGGAAGAAGCCGAGGAAGCCGAAGCUCGAACGCCGCAAUGCGCUCAAUCGCGUUGAGUACGACGCCUCUUCCUCGUCUUCCUCUCUCGAAGACUCUACGUCGUCGGCUUCCCUCCACACUCGAUCCCUUGACCGAUCGGACCGCACGAGCUUCCGAAUCGAAGGAAUCGAGGGCGAGAUCGAAGUGAUAUGCAAGCGGUUGGGGUUCUCCGGGCCCGAGGACUUCGCGAUCUCGGAGUCAGAGUGGGCAGCUCGGACUAUCCGAUCGUCGUCGGAUAUUCUACCGAGGUCGAGAUUGCAAGGGUUGAGUGGUCCAAUAAUAGAGGAAGAGGAAGACACGGAGCAAAGUGAAGCUGUAGCUGAAUUGCGUGAGAUAAUUGAGGAUGCUGUGAGAAUCGGGGAUGGAACUGAGUUGACUCGAGCUGAUCAAGCCGAAUCGAGCGGGUGCUGUGUGACCGGUGGUUGUGGUAGCGGUGACGGUGGUGGUGGUGGUGGAGGAGGAGGGAAUGGAAUCAAAGGCAUUCGACCGUCGCCGGUGCUUAAGCCGCCGCCGGCUAUGAGGGUUCUGGUAGUUGAUAAUGGGUGCUCGACUUGGGACCUUAUGAAGGACUUUGCGCCGGAUGAUGAGAGAGGUCGUGUGAUGAUUGCGUAUAGCUCUUCUUCCGAUGAAGAAGCGGAGGAGGAUAAAGAAGAAGAGGAAGAAAAGGAAGAGAUUGAGUUGGCGACGGUGAAGAGAGAGGUGGUGGGGAAGGAGGAGAUUGUGGUGAGGGGUGGGGAGAUAGCUGAGCUAUCCGACUCGUUUACUGCGUCGAAUGAUGAAGAUUCGUCUAGCAGUACCACGGUUUCUCCAAAUGGGAGAGUUAGGCCCGAUACCUCGUCUUGGGAAAAGGGAAUCAUUCUGGGACGCGGGUCGUUUGGAUCAGUGUUUGAAGGAAUCGCUGCCAAUGGAGUCUUUUUUGCUGUGAAGGAAGUUUCACUGCUUGAUCAAGGAAGUCAGGGAAAGCAAAGUGUUUAUCAACUUGAGCAGGAGAUUGCACUUUUAAGUCAGUUCGAACAUGAGAACAUAGUUCAAUAUUAUGGCACGGCUAAGGAUGAAUCAAAACUAUAUAUCUUUCUAGAGCUAGUAUCACAAGGCUCCCUUUUAAAGCUCUAUCAGAGGUAUCAUCUUCUAGAUUCUCAAGUCUCCUCAUAUACAAGACAGAUACUGCAUGGUUUGAAGUAUCUUCAUGACAGAAAUGUCGUCCACAGGGAUGUCAAAUGUGCAAAUAUAUUGGUGGAUGUAAAUGGAUCUGUGAAGCUUGCAGACUUUGGAUUGGCAAAGGCUACCAAAUUGAAUGAUCUUUUGUCUUGCAAGGGGACUGCAUUCUGGAUGGCCCCUGAGGUUGUUAAUGGGAAGAACCAAGGAUAUGGGCUUCCAGCCGAUAUAUGGAGCCUUGGAUGCACUGUAUUGGAGAUGUUGACAAGUCAGAUUCCAUAUUCGGGUUUGGAAGGGAUGGCAGCGUUGUUUAAAAUUGGAAAGGGUGAACCACCUCCUGUUGCUGAUUCUCUCUCAAGAGAUGCAAGGGAUUUUGUCCUGCAGUGCCUUCGAGCAAAGGCCCAUGAUCGUCCUACUGCUGCUCAGCUCUUGGACCAUCCAUUUGUAAAGAGGCCACUUUCCACAUCCUCGGGCUCAGGGCGUUGAAAUACUUCCCUUGGCUAAAUCCAUGAAGAUAAUGAGUUCCUUCCAUCUCUAGACGUGCAAGAAUUUUUUCAUGUUGCAUCCUCAAGUUGGUGAAUUUUUCUGGACUCAAUAUUGCAGCCACUAAAUUUUGCUUGUGCAGUCGAGAGUAGACUUGAUUCUGGUUAGGUUAUGGCUUAAAUCGAUUUCCAAACACUGGGUUAGGUCUACAAAUGGAUCUAUAACGGGGAAAAGAAGCAAGCAUGCAGAGGAUGCUGGUCUUAAAUUAUUUUAUUGUGGGAAAAAGAAAAUAGAUUUCUUUGAUGUAAGAUGUUGCUAGUCCUUUUUUUUUUUUUUUUUCUUUUCUUUUCUAGAGUUAAAAUUUUAGGGAUUGAAAGAUUUUAGGGGCGUAAGGUGUGAGGAGUAAUUGUUGUAAUAUUCCGAAGACAUGUAGGGUUUGUAUAUAAUAUCUCUUAAUUGACAGAAUGGCGUACACUUGUAGUAAUUGCUUCUCUUCUCCGUGGCUUAUUCCACGCAAAUAUCCAAUAUUUUGUAUGGUCAAUUGUGAUGUGCAGACAAUUCUUUAGUAUGGCAUCAACAAAUGGGAUAUGCUCUAUUGCUCUUGUCUUGACAUAGAUUCUACCACUUUUGAGCUAUAAAAUUUUGCUGUUCUCUCUC